CGAAGAUUAGAUGGCCGCCCUGAAAACUUCAACCGAAGCUGGGAGGAAUAUAAGAAAGGUUUUGGACAUACCGAUUCCAAUUUUUGGCUCGGAUUUGAUAAGGUGAAGCACAUUUUGAAUAACGACGGUAAUGGAUUUCAACUGGACUUUGACAUGACAGAUACUAAUAAUGAUAACUGCCAAUAUAAUGUAGGGAAUUUCAAUAUUGGAAAUGAGGCAUCCAACUUUACAGGAACAUUUACAGCUGUUGGACACUGCUCCAAAUGGUGUGAAGGAUCUAUUGAUUUUAAUAAUUUCCGUACCAAUGGGAAGCCAUUUUCAACAUUCGAUCACGAUUCUUAUGGAAAUGGUUGUCCAGCUGCACAAGCUUCCGGUUGGUGGUUUGGAAAU